UCCGUCGGAGCCAAUCACCUAGUGGCGGGGUGGGACCCCGCUGGAGGCGCCUGCGUACUGCGGCCGCGCGGGAAGCUGAUUUGAAUCAUCGGCUGUGUUGUUGCUUCUUUUCCCGCUGCUGAGACCGAAAUGGGGAAGGGAGCGCUUUUACUUUAGGUGUUCUGGUUGAAUGACUUUUAUAUUGCCCGACACCCCAGCCCGUUGGUACUCUUGUGCUUCUCACACUCUGCGUUAGCUGCAUCCGACCGAGAUGUCUGUGGUGGAGCCGCGCGGCGAGCUGAAUCUUGGAGGUGAGGAGAAAACAAAUGACAGUGAUACUGAUAGUGGCAAAGGAAGUUGUGGAAUGGACUCCCAGCAUUCCAACAAAGAAUUGGGUUACUUUAAUGGAGAUUCAGAUGAGGAAAUUUUUGCCUGCAAAAGAAUGAAGAGGAAACAUCUACAAGAUAGUGAUAGUGAUGAGGAUUUAAGCAACGUAAAAGAAGUUAGUAGUUCCAAGUUGGAUAGUGCAACUGAUAAUGAGGAGCAAAACUUGAAUUACAAUGUUAUAGAUAAACACAAGAGUAAAAAGUUACAUAGAGUUCGGAGAGUGACAAUGAACAGUGGUGAGAGUGACUCUGAUGUUGACACUGAAUGCCAAGCUAGAAUUAUAAAACCCAAUUCUGUCAGCAGUGAAGAUGAGGAAUUAUCCACAGAAGAGCUACAACCUAGAAGUUCUAGUUUAGAUGGUUCUUCACCUAGUCAACAAAUUAAUAAAAAUUCAGUGCAUCAUGAAAAACAAGCAAAUCAAAAGAACAGAUCCCAGAGAUCACGAGACAAGAAGAAGAAACAACUGGAAGCAGUUGAGAAACUGAAAAGAAAAAAGAAACAAAAAAAGCAGGAAGCAUCUACAGAAUUGAAGACAGCAGAUGACAGUGGCUGUCUACUAAGCAACAGUGACCUGUUUGAGACUGAAAUGGAUGAUGAGAAUGAACCUGUAAGAGAGGAAGAGGAGUUUUCAUUAGAUGCCAUACGAGCAGCAGUUAAAAAGAAAGCAAAGCAACCCAAAAGCUUGAAACUUGUUCCUUCUGAAAAUCUCCAUGGUUAUGACUGUGAAGAGCAGGUGCAAAAAGAUGGAAAAAAGGUACGUAUGGAGAGGAAGGCAGCCAAAAUGAGCAAGGAGGCAAUGCGUCAGAUUCACAGUGAAACUCAACGACUGUUGCGAGAGGCAAAUUUAUCUUUGCCCUAUCAUCUGCCAGAACCACAAACUAUUCAUGAUUUCUACAUGAAACGCCCAAGGCCAGCCUGCCAAGGAAGUGCCAUGUCAUUGCUCAAAUCAGCUAAGUAUCAACCUUGCUUACAGCAGGAAGCUUCUGAUUCCACGACAACGGUUGAAACGUUAAAUGGCAUCCCUCAAGAUGAUAGGCCACUUGAUCAGUUGGUGCCAAACAAUAAAAUCUCUGUUACUGCAGCAAUUCCAGAAAUAGAAGAAUCCCAUUUAAACAAUUCAGAUAAUAAAGAAAAUACUUGCCCUAACUGGCCUGGAAGUGAAAUCCACAUCGAAAAGAACGAAGGACAAAUGGAGAUGGUCGAACAGUUGAAUUUCUCCACUGACGUGGAAAGUGUAGGAAAAGAUUAUGAAAAUCUUGAGCAUAACACAGAAUCUGACCAUCACUCUUUCUCUUUAAAACUAAUUGAGGAAACUGGGCCAAAUGAAAACCUUGCAAUUAUGCCUGAGGAUCCUCACACAGAUAAAAUAGUAACUGAUAGCGUGGUGAAGCUCUCCAGUGAUGUCUUAAGUGUUGCAGAAGAACAGCAACAGUUGGAGGCAGCUUCAAUGAACAAGCAAAGAAAAUCCAAAUUGGAUAAAUUACGGGUGCUGGGAGUGGAUCUAACAUUGAAACCUCGCCUUUGUGCUGAUGAAGGGGCAUUUGUUAACCUGGAGGAGCCCAAAGUAAACAAAGAACUUCAAGCAUUAAAGGAGCGUUUCCUUAAACAUGGCAUCAAGUCUGCUAAACAGAAUCAAGAACGCCAUGUUGAGCUUAACAUUAUUCGGAAAGCAAUCACUGCUGAGGGAAAGGAGGAGCUUAAAGCAGAUUCUGUAACCGUGACCUUAGGCAAGAAUGAAGUGGAGGAAUUUGUGCCAACGAAACCAGGUGAGAAACUGCAGGUUUUGAAAGCCAAACUCCAGGAAGCCAUGAAAUUACGGCGGCUAGAAGAGCGCCAGAAACGACAAGCACUCUACAAACUUGAUAACGAGCAGGGUUUUGAGGAAGAAGAUGAAGAGGAUGGGGAAGAAGAACUGACAGAGUCUGAAGAAGAUGAGUCUGAGACUGUAGGAUUCCUUGGUGAUGGAGAGGAGCCAGUGGAGGAAGCAGAUGAUGACUCUCAUUCUACUGAUACAGCACAGAAUCAAGACCUAGUAACCCAGAAGGAAUCUACACCAAAACCUGUCAUGUCAGAUUUUUUACAGUCCUUAAAUUCUGGCACAGAUUCUUCUUCUAAAACUAGUGAACAGACUUCUGGCAACAAAUUGAGGCUACAACUACAACAUACCCCACCCAAAGGAGAUAGCAAACUUGAUGAAGAUGAUUCCAUCUCCCAGGCAUCCACAACAAAAGACAAUAGCCACAACAGUAGCUUCGAGCUAAUUGGAUCAAUGAUUCCUUCAUAUCAACCAAUUAACAAACAGCCUGGCAGAUUUGGAAUUGCUAUGCAUGGAGGAUUCCGAUCACCAUCGCCUAACCUCUUUAAUCCAAACAGUCAGUUCAAAAUAAGCUUCAUUAGUUCAGCAUCAAAGAGUUCUGGGAAGUUAUCUGAGCCUUCUAUGCCAGUAGAAGAUUCACAAGACUUGUACAAUGCAUCUCCAGAACCCAAGAACUCAGCUGGUGAAUCUCAGUUCAGAUUCUCCCUCGAAGAUGAAACACAAAGUCAGUUACUUGAUGCAGAUGGGUUUCUGAAUGUGGGUCAUCGCAGCAACAAGUGUCAGCCAUUAAAGCGGCAACUGAUUUUGGAUAGUAUGGAUGAAAAUGCGAUGGAUGCAAACAUGGGGGAGUUGUUGGGUCUUUGUUCAGGAGAAUUUAGAUCACAAAAUCUUGAUCCACUAAAGGAAAACAAAGAAAAAGAAAAUAUCGAUGAGCUGCUUGGACUUUGCUCUGGGAAAUUUAUUUCUCCAGCAGAUUCAUUGUCUUCCAUCACUUCUGCUGUAAAGCAACAGAAAGCAACAACCACAGUAUCUGAUGAUCCCAUGACUGAAGUGCUUGCACUUUGCUCAGGCUCUUUUCCAACAGACAGGGAAGAUGAUGAAAAUGAAGACAAUCAAUUUCAGCUGCUAACUGAUGAUGAAGUUUUUGAGAGUGAGGAUGAUAAAAGUGAAGAUGAAGAUGGUGAAGAAGAGGAAGAUGAAGAGGAGCAGUUGGCUCGGAAAAUUCAAAGAAGAAACAAAUUGAAACUUGGAGACUUCGUAGAAGAUGAGGCUGAACUUUCUGGCAGCGAUGUGGCAAGUGACGAGGAAUACGAUGCAGAAUCUGAUGAGUACGAAGAAGAUGAAAUUGAAGAAGAUCUGCCAUCAGAUGAGGAAUUGCAGGAGCAAGUGAACAAAAUUCACAUGAAGGUAUUGAUGGAUGAUGAUAAACGACAGCUGCGUCUUUAUCAGGAACAAUACUUAGCCGAUGGCGACCUGCACAAUGAUGGACCAGGGCGGACACGAAGAUUCCGUUGGAAAAAUAUUGAUGAUUCCUCGCAUAUUGACCAGUUUCAUGGAGAUUCUGAGAAUGAAACAAAUGAAGAAGAUGCAGAUGAGGCAGAAGUAAAAUGGCGGAAGGAUCGGUUUGAACGAGAGCAGUGGCUUCGUGAAAAGUCUCAGGAAGCAGAUAGUGAAGAAGAGGUUGGUGAAGAAAGCCAAUUCAUGAAAUUGGCAAAGAAAAUUACCAUCAAAGCUUUACAUAAAAGUAGUUCUGUGGAAGUGGUUCCAGAAAAAAAACAGCAGGAAUCGAUGGGAUUCAAGUCUCAGAAAUCUAUUUUUUGUAGAAAGAAUGGAUCCCUUCUAAACCAACCUCGAGAGGUACUACAGAAGCUAGCAGCAAUAUCAGACGUGAAUCUAAAUGCUCCUCGUGCCAGCUCCCGGAAUUUUGUCUUCCAUACACUAUCUCCAGAAAAGAAUGAUAUGAAAAGGAUAGAAUCAAAACCACAGACAAAAAGAAAGGCAACUGCUGCUCCGAUCACUUCAUUAGCAAAGCGACCACGCACUGAGAAGACAGCAAUAACUAGCACCCAUACUAGAAGUAUAUUUCGAUAUUUAGAGAAAUAAUUACUGUAAUUAUAAUAUAGCUUCACUUGGUAUUCAGUUUGUUAUUGUAAAUUAGGUGUGUUGUGCUUGUACAUGAUUAUAAAUGCACUUGCUAGAUUGUUUUAUCUGAGAAAUAAAUACCAUUUUUAU